CCCUCCUCUGGGGAGGAACUGCCGCGCUCUGGCUGACUCCUCCGCCGGCGGGCGGGCGGGGCAGGGGGGCUCCGGGCGCGCUGGGAACGGCGGGACCCAGACCUGGACGCCGACCGCCGCGGGGGACGCGCGGUCCCCGCCUCCGCCCGCGAACCUCGGGACAAAACCCCAAUUCAGAAAUAGGUUGCGAGCGGCAGGCCGGGAGGUUUGGCGCCCCCCACCAGAGACCCCCGUCGCCCCCGGGACGGCCGGCCGUGGGCGCGAUGAGCCAGGUGCUGGGGAAGCCUCAGCCGGAGGAGGAGGAGGACGACGACGAGGAGGAGGAUGAGCUGGUGGGGCUAGCGGGCUACGGGGACGGGCCCGACUCCUCGGACGCCGAGCCGGACAGCGGGACGGAGGAGGGAGUUCUGGACUUUAGCGACCCCUUCAGCACGGAAGUGAAGCCGAGGAUCCUGCUCAUGGGCCUGAGAAGGAGUGGCAAGUCAUCCAUCCAGAAAGUUGUCUUUCAUAAAAUGUCUCCCAACGAAACCCUGUUCUUGGAAAGUACGAACAAGAUCUGCCGGGAAGACGUUUCCAACAGCUCCUUUGUUAAUUUUCAGAUUUGGGACUUCCCAGGACAGAUUGACUUUUUUGACCCUACCUUUGACUAUGAGAUGAUCUUCCGGGGGACGGGAGCACUGAUAUUUGUCAUAGACUCCCAGGACGAUUACAUGGAGGCCCUGGCCAGGCUCCACCUCACGGUGACCAGGGCCUACAAAGUGAACACCGACAUCAACUUCGAGGUGUUUAUUCACAAAGUGGAUGGUCUGUCAGAUGACCACAAAAUUGAAACCCAGAGAGAUAUUCACCAGAGGGCAAAUGAUGACCUUGCAGAUGCUGGAUUAGAAAAAAUUCACCUCAGCUUUUACCUGACAAGCAUAUAUGAUCAUUCAAUAUUUGAAGCUUUUAGCAAAGUGGUUCAGAAACUGAUUCCACAACUCCCCACCCUGGAGAAUUUGCUAAACAUCUUUAUCUCAAAUUCUGGAAUUGAAAAGGCGUUUCUCUUUGAUGUGGUCAGUAAGAUUUACAUUGCAACUGAUAGUACCCCCGUGGAUAUGCAAACCUAUGAGCUCUGCUGUGACAUGAUCGAUGUGGUUAUCGACAUUUCUUGUAUUUAUGGUCUCAAAGAAGAUGGAGCAGGAACCCCUUAUGACAAGGAGUCAACAGCCAUUAUAAAGCUGAAUAAUACAACAGUUCUUUAUUUAAAAGAGGUGACCAAGUUCCUGGCUCUCGUUUGCUUUGUCAGAGAGGAAAGCUUUGAAAGAAAAGGGCUGAUUGACUAUAAUUUUCAUUGCUUCCGGAAGGCCAUCCAUGAAGUUUUUGAGGCAAUAUCUCAGUUCUCUGUCACCGAGCUGAAUCCUGUUGGGCACAUUUGUCACCUCUGACUCCCUCUCACCUGUGACAGUGUGGCUUAUGGACUCUGCCUGUUCCCACCUUAUGAUUGAACUAGAGCUCGGCUCUCCAGCAGCGUGUUCUGCAUGGCUAAAUAGCCAUCCUGAAAACCUCUAAAGGUCAGUGGAAAAGGAUGGCCAGAGGAGGCAUUACAGUUAGCUUUGUGUCUGUUUCUAUGAAAUUCUUCCACUUAUGUUUACUUUAGGCCAACAGCAAGUUAAGAGAUUCUAAAUCUACCCCCAUCCCAAACCAUUCCAAGUAGAUUAUUCUAGAUCCAUCCCAAGGGUCAGAGCCCUAAGGAAAGCAUGUUGGCAGGUAUUAGAAAAUGUACAUAUAUAUAUGUUUUUAGCAGAGCCUCACAGGGAUAGCAAUGCUGAUCCUAGCAAAAAUGGAUCAGGUUCCUAAAGCAACUUGUUCUUGAAGCUAUCCCACUACUAUCUGCAGCUUCUUUCCAUCCUCUCCCCUUCCAUCCUUUUCCCAAGUCCUAUUCCUUUGAGGCUGGUAACUGUAAUUUAAGAUGGUAGCUGAUUGGGGUUUAAGGUUUGAGCCCUCCCAAGGGUCUGUGCAUUUUGGAAGGAAAUUUCUAAAAAUCAUGAAGGUGCCCUAACUCCCUUCCUCAUGAUUCCUACUCAGAAACACAGGUGGGUAGGAAGCCAGUGUUCCAGGGAAGUCUUUUUCCUAAUUUCCAGACCUAUAACCUGUUAGAUCUUUGCCAACAUGGUACAUGGAAGUUAUUCUUAUAAAUCUAUUCUUUAAUAUUUUUUACACAGUGUUUCUUUUUGAAUAAGCAAAUAAAGAAUCACUUUUCUAAAGUGACUUUAUCCUCAAGAUAGAGACAUUUACCUAUCUGGUAAAUCACACAUUACUUAGGUAUAUAUGUUAUUGUAACGAGGUGGAGCUUCCAUUUUUAAGCUGGGUAUAUGAUGGGUUUUUGUUAAAAUGUGCCUUAAGAGCCUAUUACUUCAAGAGCAAAUGAUUCUUUGGGGGAAAGGCAAAGUUAAUGCUAUGACAUCAGACCCAAGUUCAUGGUAGUAAGUGCACUCUUUGAUUAAUGACACACUGAUAUAUAGACUACUGCCUCAAAGCCGUAAGCAUGGCAAUGACCUCUUAGUUAAAGAGAAAUGUAGGAGUUAUAUCUAAGCAUUCAGUUUCUGAAGUCUGUGCUAUUGGAAUUACAAAAUCUCUUCAACUCCUUUUUCAUUUUAUUUUUGAUAUGGAACUUAGCUUACUUGUGUGUGGCCACCUUUCGGUCUCAAAUGUAAUGCUAUAAAUAUGUAUAAAUAUACAUAAUAAUGUAUAAAUACAAAGCCCAAAUACAUGGCUACAGUGACUGCUCUGGAACAUUUUUGCUCAUUUUCAAAGGUUGAGAACUUGACCUACAGGUUUCCAGGGCAAUUAGAACUUCUAUGUGGGGAUGAGACUCUGCUUGUGAAAUACCAUCUUUGGUUAUUUUCAGUGAUGUAGAUUAGUGUGUAUGACCAGGGUAGCGUGUUUCUGAAGGAACAUAAAUCAAAAACUGGUUGACAUUCACAGACAGUAAUGUUUUAUGAACAUGAUAUAUUUUGGGCCCUUAAAUGUAAAAAUGCCUAAAAACACAGCAAUAUUGUUAUAUACGGGUUAUAUGAAACAUACUCGAGAAAAAC